GAAGGGAUCAUUAUCACUCGAUCCUUUGAUGAUGCACUUAGAGGAGGAAAGUAAAUCACAGGAGCAGAACGCGUGCGUCAAGAUAAGAUAUCUUUUCUAUACUUCAACUGACAAUGUGCAAACUUCAACAUAACUUACUCGUACUCAUAACUGCCGAACGGAAUACUCUGCCUAUGUAUCGAAGCACGGUCCCACCAACUCUCGCUCUAGACCCAAUUCCCCCCCUCCCCGCGACCGGUAACCGUACCUGUCUAUCCAUCUAUCUAAUCCCCUUAACCGAGCCCAGCCCGACCGACCGUCAAAUCCAAGACCGCAUACCAACAAAACAAGACAAAACAGGAGAACAAAGUUGUCCACAAAAACCAACCCAAGAACUCAGGAGGUUGAGUACCGCUCACUGAGCGACAUCUCCCACGGGGGGUGGAUAGCUCGCGUCAAAACUCAUAUGCGGAAUCCUUGGCCGGAGAUUUAACGAGCGCGGCGGGACUCGGCUAGUCGGUCGAGACCGUCUCGGCGGGGUGGGUUGCCAUUUGAUGAAAUACGGAGGUCUUGGGGGGCCGAGGGAG